GGGCCAUGCGCAGCCGCCUGUGGCUGGGCCUGGCGUGGCUGCUGCUGGCGCGGGGGCCGAGUGUCGCGGGGACCGCGAGCGGCCCGCGGAGGCCGCGCAGCUAUCCGCACCUGGAGGGCGAUGUGCGCUGGCGGCGCCUCUUCUCCUCCACCCACUUCUUCCUGCGCGUGGAUCCCGGUGGCCGAGUACAGGGCACCCGCUGGCGCCACAGCCCCGACAGCAUAGUGGAGAUUCGCUCUGUCCGCGUGGGCGUCGUGGUCAUCAAGGCUGUCUACGCAGGCUUCUACGUGGCUAUGAACCGCCGGGGCCGGCUCUACGGGUCGCGGGUCUACACGGGCGACUGCAGGUUCCAGGAGCGCAUCGAGGAGAACGGGUACAACACGUACGCGGCACUGCGCUGGCGCCACCGCGGCCGGCGCAUGUUCCUGGCGCUGGACGGGCGCGGGACACCACGGCGGGGCAGUCGGACGCGGCGCCACCACCUGUCCACCCACUUCCUGCCGGUGCUGGUGUCCUGA